GUUUGCUGUGUAGUGUGUCAGCUUUUACUCUGGGUUCAAUUAUGAUUGUUGUUGCAGAAAAACCAACGGCCAGGGGGAAAAAAAAACCGGUGUGCACCUCGGCAGCCUAUUGGAGACCCCCGGCUGCUUGCAAGCUGCGACUCCUUCCUUCUCUGGACCUUCUGCGCUCCUUUUAUGCUCCAGCUGACCUCCUCCUCCUCCUCCUCCUCCUCCCUCUGUGCCGCUGGUUGCCUGGAAGGUGAAGAUGCUCAGCCGUUUGUCGGGGCUGGCCAGCACCGUCCUGCACGAGCUCUCGGGGGACGGAGAAGAUGCCGGGACAGCGCCGUCCCCCGCCGGACCGGAGUUUGAAUCCAGCCAGCAGAACAUGGAGGAGGAGAGCCCAGAAGAUGUGCUGGAACGGCUGGCCCACAUGGAGAAGCUGGUGGCGCAACUGAAGACACUGUUGCGGGAGAAGGACGCUCAGCUCCAUCAGAAGGAUGCCAUGCUUGAGGAGGAGAGGCAGGCGGCCGAGGCAAAACUGCUGAAGCUGAAGCUGCAGGCUAAAGUGAAGGUGGCCCACCUGAACAAGCGCAUCGAGGAGCUGGCGGCCCAGGGAGGGGCAGCACCUGCCGAGGGGCAGCCGGAAGAGCCCCCGCCUCCUGUCCAGGGUGACCACAGCCUAAGCGAGGGGCCGGUGGACGAGACGGGCGCGCUCAGGAGGCAGCUUCAGGAGCAGGAAGAAACGGUGAGGGAGCUCCGAGGGCAGCUGCAGGAAGCGACGGGAAGACUCGGGGAUGCCCAGGCCCAGAUCAGCUGCCUUCAAGGGGACGUGCUGGAGAAAGAGUCACUCCGCGAAGAACAGGCUCUCCAGCUUCAGGCAGAAAUCCACCAGGCAGAGGCCCGCCAAGCCGAAAUGCAGCAGAAUCUGAGGCAGCUGCAGCGAAAAGUGGAGGAACAAGAGGAGGCUUUGCUGGGCCGGACACAGGUGGUCGAACUGCUGCAGCAGGAACUGAAUGUCAUUCAGGGGGAAAAGCAGAAUCUCCUGGAGAAGUUGCAAAAGGCAGAGGCGGCGCUGGAGACCUCCAGAACCACCCUGGCUUCUGCCCAGGAGGAAUCCCGAAACCUGGUCAAGAGCCUGGAGCUGGAGCUGGCCGAGCAGAAGGCGGCUUUCCAGCAGAGCCAGGAGGAGGUUGAAGAGAUGCGCCAAGAGCUGGCCCGGGCAAAGGCGGCCCAGACCGAGUGGGAUCAGGAGAGGCAGGCCGAGGUGGCCAGGCACGCUCUGGAGGUGGCGGAAAAGAACCAGGAGAUGGUUGAGCUUCAAAAGGCAGAGCAGGACCUCCAUGCCAGUUACGAGGCCGUCCAAGCGGAGAACGCCCAGCUGUGGCAGAAGGUGGAUGCGCCAGCGGAGAGCUCGCCUGACGAUGCUUCUGCCACGCCAGGUGAGACCCCCAAAAGGUGCCCGGAGCUCGGCUUGUCUCAGCCAGAACUGGAAACAGCUACAGGGGUCCCGUCUCCUCCCCUGAGCCAGGGCCCCCUCCUGACCGAUGCCGCCCCCGGAGCCCCCCAGGAAAAGGACGAGACCAACGCGCGGGAGCUGCAGGAACUUCAGACGCAGCUGUCGGAGGCCAAGCAGCAGCAAAGCCUCGCCAGGCAGGGCCUGAGCCAGCUCCAGCAGCUGCUGCAGGAGGAGCGGGAGAGGCGGCUGGCGGCCGAGGAGGCUUCCUCUGCAGCCCAGGAGCAGAUCCGCAGGUGGGAGUCGGAGGAGUAUGCGCAGUCUCUGGAGACCAGCAUUGCCAUGCCGCCCAGCCAUGAGCACGCCCGGCUGCUGGGGUCUGCCGAGAGCGCCUUCAGCAAGGCUCGAGGGCCCCGGGGGCUGCCGCGUGUCCUGCGCUCUCUCUUCUGCCCCCGGAGGCUGUUCUCCCUGCUGGCCACCCUCUACCUCCUCGGGAUCCACCUGCUGAUAUUCCUGCACGCCGUGGGACGCCUGUGAGAAGACCGAGGCACCGGAACUUGGCUGGACCGCGGACCCCGAUGCCUGGCGGCAGGGGUGGAGGGUUGACCCUGCUGGUCUGGACACCAGGGUGGGGGGGCUUCCCGCGGCCUGGUUGAGGCCGCCAGAGGUCAAGCCCAAUCCUGGUUAGUUAAAGCAGGCGACGGACUUCCUCAGCCCUUGGCGAUGCAGGGUUUGUGCCGCUCCUUCAAGGGAAGCGCCAGGGUUUCGCCGGCCAACUUGGGGUUUCACAUCAUCAGUCCACCGUUGAUUUUGGGGGGUGGGUGGGCAGGAAAGGGCGGAGAGACGACGAUGCCCGCCUCCCUUUGGGUGGCAUUAAUCAUCAUUAGCGAAGGUGGGGGGCUCCUGCAGGAGAAGGCCAGGAUCCUGGUCUUUUGAGACGGGGGGGGGGCCGAGGGAAGACUCACACCUAACUCACGUUAAACAUCCGUUCUCUCUCUUUCUGCACAUUUGGGGGGGGGGUGAUGGACACGUUUUAGCCCCCCCCCCCCCGGGCUGGAAAUACUGCCCCUUAAGGCAGGCUUCCCCAACCUUGGAUCUGGAUUCGGGGACCGGCCUGGGGGGAGAGAGGGGGGAGGGGAGAGGUCCCUGCAAGCGGCACCCGUGUGCUCGCACCUCCCAUUUGUGCAAGUGGCGGGCAGGCAUGCGCACUGUCUUGCUGGCUUCUGACACAAGUGGGGGGGCCUGCAUGCCCGCCACUUCUGCUGCCCGGUUCCGAAGGGGUCAAGGCAUGGUAGUGGGCUGCAGCCCCGGGGGGGGCGGGGAGAAGAUGUUGGGGACCCUUGCCCUAAAGGGAGGAGGUGGGGGUAACCCUGUUCUGUCCUGUUCUGGAGAGUCAAGAAAGGAGGAUCUGUCUGAAGUCCCCGGACACCCCCUGACCGUCCAAUCUCCGCACCUCCCGGUGCUCAGUUAAUGGAAGGUUAAUGGGAGCCACAUCCUUGGCUUGAAGGGGAAAGGGGUCAGGAUUAUGGGCCAGGGGGUUCCCUUUCUGGCCACUUUGAGAAGAAGAAAGACAGGCCUCUCUUGGUCUGGCCUAGGAUCUGCCUCUUGGAC